GACUGCUCUCGCGCCCCUCUUCCUGGCACUCGGGCUGCUGAGACUGUAGCAUCCGACCCGUUUCGUGCUGCCUGCAGCGUCGCUGCCCGCCGGGGGACUGUACCAUCCAGGCCUCCCGCAGCCUCGGGGUCCCAAUUGCGGCGAAGCGACAAGUGGCCAGUGAGGCGUGAGGAUGGAGGGUGGGGACAGGACCAGCAGGAGAAAGGCAGAGAGCGCUCUCAGAACGCAACCAGGCGCGCGUCCCUGAGCCGGCGUGGCGAGCGCCCUCUGGCCGGUGCCGCCCGCCGGGAGCACCCACGGGUCGCCAGGCCCGCGCUAAUCCCCGCCAUCGGAGCAACAGCGACCGCGCUGCGCUGGGACCGCGGCCGCGACACCAGGGAACAACCAUGUCACCAUUUCUUCGAAUUGGUUUAUCCAACUUUGACUGUGGUACCUGCCAGUCUUGUCAGAGCGAGGCCGUGAACCCCUACUGCGCUGUGCUUGUCAAAGAGUAUGUGGAAUCAGAAAAUGGGCAGAUGUACAUCCAGAAAAAGCCGACCAUGUACCCACCCUGGGACAGCACCUUUGAUGCCCACAUUAACAAGGGAAGGGUGAUGCAGAUCAUCGUGAAGGGCAAAAAUGUGGACCUCAUAUCAGAAACAACCGUGGAGCUCUACUCCCUGGCGGAGAGAUGCCGGAAGAACAAUGGAAGGACAGAAAUAUGGUUAGAGCUGAAACCUCAAGGCCGAAUGCUCAUGAAUGCAAGAUACUUUCUGGAAAUGAGCGACACAAAGGACAUGAGUGACUUUGAGAAUGAAGGAUUCUUUGCCUUGCAUCAUCGCCGAGGAGCCAUCAAACAGGCCAAGGUCCACCACGUGAAGUGCCACGAGUUCACAGCCACCUUUUUCCCUCAGCCCACAUUUUGCUCUGUCUGCCAUGAAUUUGUCUGGGGACUGAACAAACAGGGCUACCAGUGCCGACAAUGUAAUGCAGCAAUUCACAAGAAGUGUAUCGAUAAAGUGAUAGCCAAGUGCACAGGAUCAGCUAUCAAUAGCCGAGAAACCAUGUUCCACAAGGAGAGGUUCAAGAUCGACAUGCCACACAGAUUCAAAGUCUACAACUACAAGAGCCCGACCUUCUGUGAGCACUGUGGGACACUGCUGUGGGGACUGGCGAGGCAAGGACUCAAGUGCGACACAUGUGGCAUGAACGUCCACCACCGAUGCCAGACAAAGGUCGCCAACCUCUGUGGUAUAAACCAGAAGCUAAUGGCUGAAGCACUAGCAAUGAUUGAAAGCACCCAACAGGCUCGCUCCUUAAGAGAUUCAGAACACAUCUUCCGAGAAGGACCAGUUGAGAUCGGUCUCCCGUGCUCCAUCCGAAAUGAAGCCAGGCCACCAUGCGUACCAACACCUGGGAAAAGAGAGCCCCAGGGUAUUUCCUGGGAGUCCCCUGUGGAUGGGAUGGAUAAAGCGGACCAUCCUCCUGAACCUGAAGUUAAUGUGCAAAGAGCCGCUCUGCAGCUGAAACUGAAGAUUGACGACUUUGUCCUGCACAAAAUGCUGGGGAAAGGAAGCUUCGGCAAGGUGUUUCUAGCGGAGUUCAAGAGAACCAAUCAAUUUUUCGCAAUAAAAGCCUUAAAGAAGGAUGUGGUGUUGAUGGAUGAUGAUGUUGAGUGUACCAUGGUGGAGAAGAGGGUUCUGUCCUUGGCUUGGGAGCAUCCGUUUCUAACACACAUGUUCUGCACGUUCCAGACCAAGGAAAACCUCUUUUUCGUGAUGGAGUAUCUCAAUGGAGGAGACUUAAUGUACCACAUCCAAAGUUGCCACAAAUUUGAUCUUUCCAGAGCCACGUUUUAUGCUGCUGAAAUCAUCCUUGGUCUACAGUUUCUUCAUUCCAAAGGAAUUGUCUACAGGGACCUGAAGCUAGAUAAUAUCCUGUUAGACAGAGACGGACAUAUCAAAAUAGCAGAUUUUGGGAUGUGCAAGGAGAACAUGCUAGGAGAUGCAAAGACAAACACUUUCUGUGGGACUCCUGACUACAUCGCUCCGGAGAUCUUGCUGGGUCAGAAAUACAACCAUUCUGUUGACUGGUGGUCCUUCGGGGUCCUCCUUUACGAGAUGCUGAUUGGCCAGUCGCCUUUCCACGGGCAGGACGAAGAGGAACUUUUCCACUCCAUCCGCAUGGACAAUCCCUUUUACCCACGGUGGCUGGAGAAGGAGGCCAAGGAUCUUUUAGUGAAGCUUUUUGUGAGAGAACCUGAAAAGAGGCUGGGGGUUCGAGGAGACAUCCGCCAGCAUCCUUUGUUCCGAGAGAUCAACUGGGAAGAACUUGAGAGGAAAGAGAUUGACCCACCCUUCAGGCCAAAAGUGAAAUCACCACACGACUGUAGCAAUUUCGACAAGGAAUUCCUAAGUGAGAAACCCCGGCUGUCAUUCGCCGACAGAGCACUCAUCAACAGCAUGGACCAGAACAUGUUCAGAAACUUUUCCUUCAUUAACCCAGGGAUGCAGACUUUCAUUUGCUCCUGAACCUCACCCCUCCCCCGACCAGAAGGGAUUUGCCUUCUCUCUGGGAACUGGUUUGAGUAUCGCUUCUGGGGGUCUCUUUUUCAAGUUGGAAAAGAAAAGAAACACUCAACAGCAAAGGUGGGGAGACCUUUGAUCUCCUCACAUGACCUGUUACCUGUAGCAGAAACCAUGUCUACUUCACUAAUGACAUCACCCCAUUAUAUCACCCGGCAUCUUUCACAGCAGCCCUUGAAGUUAGACCAUUAUUAACUCUAGUCAUUGACUUGAAAGAUGAUGGUUCCUGAUACUGUGAAGGAUUCGAACCGUAAUUCUGCUCUUGCCCUAGAUAGCAGCGGCUGGUUGGUGGUGAGCCAAGGUGCAGAUGGAACACAUUUCUCAAGACUGGAGCAGCAGAUUGCCUCUUAUAGAAAUGGAUCUCAGUCAACCAUGGAAAAGGAGCCACUAAUCCACAUUGUUCUGUGCAUGUCUGUGGCAAUGUAAAUGGUAGAAGGGAAGGAAAGGGGAAGCCCUGAGUGGGUUUUGAUGGGAUUCUCUCCAAUAAACAUAGCUUGGAACUUGAGAUUUACAAAUCUGUUCAUUCUGGCUAGCCCUGACCUUCAUGAAACAGAGGAAAGUAAGUGGCAACGAGCCGGGCUCAGGUCGCCAACAGGGAAGGGUAUGUUGCCUGUGUGCAGCAUCAUGUUCACACAGACGUCAACAUAGCCAACAAGGAUGGGAGAGUUUGCCGCUGCCCAUUGAGCGUUGCCUUCCCCAGUUCUCAGCUGAUCUCUUGAUCAGCAUAGCCAUUCAUUACCAUCUCCCCAUCAGACAAGAAAUGAAGUGCAUGAUCCUUCUGAGAUAAAGAAAACCGAUCCCUUCUCAUGCUCUUCCUGGUGAUUUGAUGACGAAUAAGUCCCUCUUUAGGUGUCCUGCAAGACAAAUGACCCAUGCAUGCUAUUUGCAGCAGUCAGUCCUGUUGGAUUAGAGUGCUAACUGUACACUUAAAAUAUCUGCUGUUUGUAUAUUCUGAUGAGAUGUGACAGUAACAAAAAGGUGGAUAUGUAAAAUGGAAUAAAAGAAGAAGAAAGAAAGAUGCC